CCUCCCCCUCCGUGCAGGAACUCCAAUCCAGGCUCGCUCUCUAUCGCCUCAAGAUGGCCGCCAAUGUGGGAUCGAUGUUUCAAUAUUGGAAGAAAUUUGAUUUACAACUGCUACAGAGAGAGCUUGAUGCCACUGCCACUGUGUUGGCCAAUCGACAGGAUGAGAGUGAACAGUCCAGGAAACGACUUAUUGAUGAAAGCCGAGAAUUUAAGAAGAACACACCAGAGGACUUAAGGAAAUUAGUGGCGCCAUUACUGAAGAGUUUCCAGGCAGAGAUCGAUGCCCUAAGUAAAAGAAGCAAAGAAGCAGAGGCAGCCUUUUUAAAUGUUUACAAAAGAUUAAUUGAUGUUCCAGAUCCUGUUCAAGCGUUAGAUCUAGGACAACAACUCCAGCUCAAAGUCCAACGUAUGCAUGACAUUGAAACAGAGAAUCAAAAGCUGCGGGAAACGCUUGAGGAGUAUAACAAAGAGUUUGCAGAAGUUAAGAAUCAGGAGGUUACAAUAAAAGCACUUAAAGAAAAAAUCAAAGAGUACGAGCAGACCUUGAGCAGCAGAGCAGAAAGUCUUGCACUUGAAAAAGAGCAGAAAUUACAGAAUGACUUCACGGAAAAGGAAAGGAAAUUACAAGAGACUCAAACAUCCUUGGCCUCCAAAUUUGAGGAGGCUGAUCACAAAGUUCAAGUUUUACAGACAGCUCUGGAAUCAACUCAGACUGAGCUAUUUGAUUUGAAAACAAAAUAUGAUGAGGAGUCAACUGCCAAAGCAGAUGAAAUUGAAAUGAUCAUGACAGAUCUGGAAAGAGCCAAUCAGAGGGCAGAGGUAGUUCAGAGGGAGGCGGAGGCCUUGCGUGAGCAACUUUCCUCAGCUAACCAAUCCCUGCAGCUGGCCACUCAGAUCCAAAAAGCUCCUGAUGUGGAACAAGCUAUCGAAGUGCUAACACGAUCAAGUCUGGAGGUUGAAUUGGCAGCAAAAGACCGUGAGAUAAUGCAGUUAGUUGAGGAUGUGCAGAGAUUACAGGCAAACCUGACCAAACUCCGUGAGACUUCUGCAAGUCAGGUCUCUCAACUGGAGCAGCAACUUAGUGUGAAGAACAGCACGCUCAAGCAUUUAGAGGAAAAACUGAAAGGACAGUCUGACUACGAAGAGAUUAAGAAAGAGCUGAGUAUCCUGAAGUCAAUGGAAUUUGUAGCAUCAGAAGGAUCUGGAUCACAGGAUACAUCCAAAACCCUAGAGGUACUUCUACUGGAGAAGAACCGCUCAUUGCAAUCUGAAAAUGCAACUCUGCGUAUCACCAACAGUGAUCUUAGUGGGUCAGCUGGGAGAAAUGGGAAAGACCGACCUGAGAGUCUGCGUCCUUCGACCUCACCAUCUUCCCCUCCCUCUAAGUUGCUGCGCAACGCGAAUGAGCAGGCUUCCAGUGCUAAUGGUACGCACCAAUUCUCACCGACGGUUUUAGGUCAAGAUUUUUUCAACUCAUCAUUGACAAGCUCCCCGUUCCCCCUGGCCUCUGCAGGGAAAUUUGCACUAAACUCACUUCUUCAGCGGCAGCUAAUGCAGUCCUUCUACACCAAGGCAAUGCAGGAUGCAGGAAGCACAACCAUGCUUUUUCCAACAGGUCCCUACAGCACAAAUUCCAUAUCAUCCCCAAGUCCCAUCCAGCAGAGUUCUGACUUAAACGGAAUGAUCCCUUCACCCAGCCACUCGGAGAGUGCUGGAAGCAUAUCUGAGGGCGAAGAGUUGGACACAGCAGAAAUUGCGCGGCAAGUUAAAGAGCAGCUGAUCAAGCACAAUAUUGGCCAACGGAUAUUUGGACAUUAUGUACUGGGCUUGUCUCAAGGCUCUGUAAGUGAAAUACUGGCCAGACCCAAACCAUGGAAUAAACUGACUGUUCGAGGGAAGGAGCCUUUUCACAAGAUGAAGCAGUUCCUCUCCGAUGAACAGAACAUUCUGGCCCUGCGGAGCAUCCAGGGCAGGCAAAGAGAGGUUCCAGGCCAGAACAUACAAAGAGUGUUGCAGGAAGUAAAGAAACGAAGAUAUGGUUCAGAAGGCAAUAUCACAACUCGGAUUAGAACCCCUGAGACUGGCUCUGAUGAAGCCAUUAAAUCCAUUCUAGAACAGGCAAAGAGAGAGCUACAGGUGCAAAAAACUGUUGAUUCAACUCAACCACCCUGUACAUCAAGCAGUGGUGGUUCAGAUGAAGCAAUUUGGUCAAUAUUGGAACAGGCCCGGCGAGAGAUGGAAGCUCAGAAGGCAGGCCUUGAGCCGACACCAAAGCCAACACCAGUUCCUCAAGCUGACGUGGCCCUCCAUUCAUCCAAAACAGCAUCAUCUUCCUCUUCAUCAUUCUCUUCCUCACUGAUAGCCAUGAAAAAGCCUUUCAUGGUGGAUUCCAGCAACAACACAACACAAACAUCUCAUGGAUUUAAAAAAGAAGAGUUGCAUGACUCAUGCUCCACAGAGCACCAUGGGAUAGCAGACACACCCCAUAAUAUGCUCAAACAAGUUAAAAAUGAGCUGGGACGAAGCAGUGUAUGGAGGGACCAGUGGUGGAACACAGUCUGCCCUGACAGAAGAAACUCCACCUUUUCAGAAGAUGGAAGAACAGAGGAAGCUUGUAGUGGGAGAGAAAGGAUUAGUAAUACAAACAGACUGGAGCGAAGUGCUUUGCAAGGAUCUGCAGCCUCUGACCACUGGAAAGACUGGCAAAAUGCAGAGUCACCUUAUUCUCAAGCAUCUGAUUUAGGCACAGUGGCCGCGAGUAGCAGUGUGACUCCACAAAGCAGUCCCUUGCCUUCUUCACCUCUUGUUCCUGUCUCAAAACCACACAAGCCCUCUGUCCCACCAUUAACACCAGAACAGUAUGAGAUCUACAUGUACCAGGAAGUGGACACAGCUGAAUUGACACGACAGGUGAAGGAAAAGUUGGCCAAGAAUGGGAUCUGCCAGAGGAUCUUUGGAGAAAAGGUGUUGCGUCUGACUACACAACCAAUCAGCUCCGCACCGACCACAUCAAAUGACCACAGUGGAGCAUGCUGCACUGGAGCAACACCGGUUUUGGGUCUGUCACAAGGGAGUGUUAGUGACAUGCUGUCUAGGCCCAAGCCUUGGAGUAAAUUGACUCAGAAAGGCCGAGAACCCUUUAUUCGUAUGCAACUGUGGCUGAAUGGUGAGCUGGGGCAAAGCGUUCUUCCAUCCCAGGUCCAGCAAUCAGGACAAGAGAUAACCCCAAAGACCUCAGCUAGUUGCAGCCCAGCCCCUGAAUCUCCAGUCAGCUCUGCUGAAUCAGUGAAAAGUGUGACCGAAAUACCAUCACAGCAAUCUACAGCCACAGAAGGUAGUAAGGAGAUCAAACCACCCGAACCAUGUGAACAGCCCUCGAAUGAUCCUCAGGUUCUAUCAUCACUGCCAAUUUCUGGUCAGUCAGCAUUAAGCAUUCAAGAGCUGGUGGCCAUGUCUCCUGAACUCGAUACAUAUGCCAUCACAAAGAAAGUCAAAGAGGUGCUCACUGACAACAAUUUGGGCCAACGUCUGUUUGGAGAGACCAUCCUUGGCCUGACACAAGGUUCCGUGUCUGAUCUGCUGGCACGGCCCAAACCCUGGCACAAGCUGAGCCUGAAGGGAAGGGAGCCUUUUGUCCGCAUGCAGCUCUGGCUCAAUGACCCAAGCAAUGUUGAGAAGCUGAUGGACAUGAAACGAAUGGAAAAGAAAGCCUACAUGAAACGCCGACAUAGCUCAGUGAGUGACGGUCACGGUAGUGACUCCUCAGUUGCUGGGCUUGACUACAGUCAGAGCGCCAGUCCCCAGCCACAAGUUCAUCUGAAGAAGCCCAGAGUGGUGUUGGCCCCCGAAGAGAAAGAAGCUUUGAAGCGAGCUUACCAGCUAAAGCCAUAUCCAUCCCCAAAAACUAUUGAAGAACUUGCUGCUCAGUUGAAUCUGAAAACCAGCACGGUCAUCAAUUGGUUUCAUAACUACAGGUCCCGCAUUCGAAGGGAGCUAUUCAUUGAGGAAGUGCAGGCAGGGCCUCAUGGUCAAACGGGAGCUAGUGGCUCUCCAUCUGUCAGAGGAAGUAGGACAGGUCACAGCUCAGAAGGAGAAAGCUGUGAUGGAGGAGACUUGGAAGCAGUGACUGAAGAAAAGGAUAAUGCCAUGGGAAUGGAAAAUUACAGCACAGGAUGUGUAACCCCAAAGGAAGGGCAGAUAGAGUCGGUUUGUGAUGAAGAUAUCGAGUCUGUUGUGCAGCCUGACAUUAAAGAUGCCACAGCAAUUGACACAAAGGACUUGUCCCAUUUAGAAGGAGAUGCCAUGGUCUCUCCUAACGCUGAGAGUGAAGAUGAGGGCAUCCCGAAGCAUCCAGGCCGAAAUAAGAGAUUACAGCGAGAAGCACAUGUGUCAGGAACAUCCCUGGAGGAGUUCCAAAAAAGCCAGCCCUCGGCCCAAUCAGUUGUAGAAGAGGAUAACUCUACCUCAUCCGCCUCCACGUCGGCAACUGUAGCAGAGACCUCCCGAGAUUUGAAAGAAGAUACCUCUUUGGUGCAGCAGGCAAGCAUUGGACAGAACACAGGUUGUGGGGGCACCACGUCCUCUUCCACAAAAGGCUUCCAGAAAGGCCUGUUCAACUUUUCUGACACAUCCUCGCCUGCCCAAAAAACAAGUCUACGUGAGAACAGUUUAAGGCGUAAGAAAGCAGCAAACUUGAACAACAUUAUUCAUCGUUUGGAGAAAGCUGCAAGUCGCGAAGAACCCAUUGAAUGGGAAUUUUGAGAUUAAAUUAUUAAUUAUGCACAACUCCUGAGAGUUAGGUAUUAAAAGACCUUGGACAUUCUUUACUCAUUUUAUCCUGUCACGCACUUAAUGCCCUGCAGGCCACAGGGCAAAAAUGCCAUAGGCCAAGGUGCAUAUAGAAAAGGAGAGCAUUAAGUUCCGUUCAUCAUUGCAUUUUCAAAGCGAGAGUUGAAACAUGCAGUUAAGCUUUUGUACCCUGAAGUGUUUUUGUGUCAUGACUGAUUUUCAAACUGUCUGGGAUUAACUGUUACAGCUUUGCCUUCUCCCUCCGCCAAGUGGGCUUCAAGCAACGACACCCAUCGGCUAAAGAGGGGUCUCCUUUGCCAUAAAAUGGCAGCAGAGCGAUAUUACACUAUUAACUUCUUAACCAGAAAAAGAUUGGAGAGUUUUCAAAUGACUAGAAUUUUGUAGCUGUUCAGUUGCCACUGAGAGAUUGCACAGUCAUCUGACUCUAAACACACUAGUUUGGUUUCUUAGAUAUUUUGAGAAUUCUUGCUGUUUUAAACUUUGAAAGAGGAAAAAAAAACACAUUUAGUCCACUUAUUUUUUAAAAAAAGGUCACGUUAAAAAAAGAUUUGUCAAAAAAGAUGUGGUAGGUGAGUUAGUGUUUUCUUGUAUGUGAAUUUAGAAUAAUGAUAUGUAGUGCACAUUGUUUCAUAGCUUUAACUGACUCUGGUUUCUCUGCAGGCCAGGGUUUGUUUAAUACACUCCAUUUUAGGCCAAAUCAGGACAAGAUCUGAACCUAGGUAUUUUAUAACCUGCUUUUUAACCUCUAAACCACAAAGCACGCUGAUCAGACCUCAUAUUGUCUUUAUAUGUGUGUGAGAGAGAGUGUGAGAGAGCGAAAGUUGUAUAUGCGUGAAUUCUUAGGUCUGACUGAUUUCAUAUGUACCAAUGCACAUUUAAAGUGCGUUACUGCCACCCUUUUCUCAAUAAGCUGUGUCAUCAGUAAGGCAUGUAUGAGUUAGCUUGUCACAAGUUACAUUUUUUUUCUUGCCAUAUCUUUAAUUAAAACUAACAGUAGAUGAUUUCAGUAUACAAGAAUAUUUUUGUGCUUAUUUAUAGGUGCUUUUUUUCUAUCCAUUGUUAGGAAGGGAUGAAAGGGAGCAAGUCUUGUUCUAGAGGGUCAGACUGCCGGCAGUAUUUGGGAUAUUUUACAAGUUUCACUGGAUAAAUAUUGGCUCCUUGACAUCUUUCAAGCUCCAAAAUAUUGAUUAGAUGUUGUUUCUCAGUGUAAAUUGCAUCAUGAUUUUUGUGUUUGUCUUCUAGGUCAGAAUCCAUCGAAGUAACUGUGUAGCACAAUCAUAACCUGUCAUUUUAAUUAUAAUAUAUGAAUUCUGUUUUCUAUAAUAAUUAUGGUUGAGGAGUUAUAUACCUGAUAUUGCACCGCAGUGAGUUGUGUGUAGUUUUGUAGCAGAUUAUGACUGUUUAUAGGGAAAACUGCAUUACCUGCAUGAUAUGUUAAAUAAUCAUAUAUUUCAUACAUAAACUGUACAUGUAGAUUGAGCACUUAGCUGUUAAGUACAGAUGGUGCUGAUUCAACUCCAGCUAGUCAUAGGGAAGGGCUCUAGGAGGCUGCCAGGCAGUAAGUUAGAAUGAAUCCUUCAAAUACCUGAUCUCAAGAGAGCAUUCCUCAAUAUCAAGCUGUAUAUAAUGAAAAGGGCAAGUUUCAAUUACUUCUGACCUCCCAGGCUCAUUCAUCAGCCAGGUCCAAAAAGAUGACUAAGACACAAAAACUACUCUCUUGCUCUGUUGGGCAGUGUUGAGUAAUGGUCAGGGAUAAUCUUGAUAUUUCUCUUUCUCCUGUCGAGGAAUACACUCUGUGAUAUGAUUUGCCCAAAGAUCAGAAAAUCAUUGAAUCAGAAAACUGACCAUGUGUUUCCUUCCCAUUCUGAUCUCUGUCUUGCCCAUUACACACAACUGCCCUAGUUAACCAGAGAACAAAAGGUAACACUGCACUUCAUUAGCACAAUAGUUUUCUGCCCUAGGACUACUUUUAUCAUUAAGAAGUCUUUGCACUUGAGAUGGUGGUAAACAAAAUGGUAAACAGAAUAUUUCAGAACAAUUGGCACUUACCACACUCAGUUUUCUGUUUCCUACCCUCUCUAACACAAGCAUUAAACUACUGCUCCUUGUAAUUCUGCACCAUAAUUUGCAUAUCACUUAAACAUAAUUUUGCACAAUAUAAUAUAGUUGGAAGUUAGCCCUUGGUUGCAGAUGAGGAAGGCUAUUGCCAGACAUUGUGCCGAGUUUGAAGAAAGGGAGGAGGAUCAGGGACCAGGCCCAUGUUCUUGACAAUGUUCUCAUUUUGCUAACUUGGCAAAAAAAAAUUCGUAAGUAAAUUUUAGUAAAUAUUUUUGAGGAAUGGUAAUCUACCCACCUUUUUCAUCUUCUCCUAAAGCACUCAUGUCCCUUCUUAACAUUGUCUACUUUGUAAUGUGUGUAUAAGACUGGACAACUCAGGAAAUUAAAACUUAAUUGGAACGUAACAUUAUCAUUGUAAAUGUAACUUGAAGCUUCAGAUUUUGACACCGUUUCUUAGAAUGUAAUAAUUUUAUCCCAGGACCGUUUACAGAAGUGUACAUUUCUGCAGGGCCCACACAGGGAUUUAAAAAUAGCUGUACAAUUGUCCCAUAGCCACUGUAACACAGCGAUUGUUACACAAACUUGGAAAAUAUCGAAAGCUGACAUCUUGCUGAGAUAAAUAGAGCAAUGUGUGUGCACAUUAUUCUUUACAACAUUGUCUAUACAGCUUACAUAGAACAAUGAAAGGAAUGCUGUAUGAGCAGCAGUGCUUUUGGCAAGCAGAAAUGUGGUUUUAUUCAUUUUUAAUCUUCUAUUUUGUUCCUUAUGUAUUUCAUAAUUAACCAUAGUUUUUGUCUCUACGUUGUCAUUGCUGUUUUAGUAUCGCGUGGUAAUUCAUAAAACAUACAGUGCUCAUUAUAAUUUGUACAUAAAACUAAGUUUAAUAACUACAAACUGCAGAUCACUGCCUUAGAAAAUGUGUAGAUCCUAAAAGCAAAUACUUUACAAGACUUAGCACUCAAUAACCAGAGUUGUUUGAGUUUAAUUCUGAUACUAUGGGAAUGAAGUAUCCUCAGUAGAAAAGUCUUAAAAGUGUUUUAUUUUUUAUAACUAAUUCCAGAAGCUGACUUCCUGAGAUCAAUAUAGUCAUUUUCCUUUAUUUCCAUUUUGUUUAUUUAUUCAUUUGAAAAUUAAGUCCAACUAAUUGGGAAAUCUAUACUUUUUCUUUCGAAAACCAAAAAAGGUCUCAAUUGUUCUGUUCUUCCUCUCCAUAAUUGAAAUCCCACCUCCCGUUCACAAUCACUUUUACAUAGGCUGCUUCAGCUGAAAAAUUUACACUUCAGGCAAUGUGCUUCAGUUUCGUUAAGUGAAUAUUAAUCUGUUAAAUAUAUUCAGAUGCUGCAUUUUAAUUUGCAUUUUAGGGGAUGUUUUCCAAGCAUUCUCCAUAUAAAUGUAUAUAUUAAAAUUAAAGUUUUACUUUUUUAAUUUAGAUAGUUUUGUGGAAGUAGUAAGCUGCAUUUCAUAUCAAGAUGUACACCCUUUUAAUAUCACUUCAUAACCUGGUCAGAAUAAGAGAUUUGUAUCCUCUGAUUUUGAUAGUGUGUAUUCAUGCAUUCUGUGUUUAAUCUAACAUGCCUUCUGAGGAACCUAGUAAUAAUUGUGCCCCCCUCUAAUUUUACAAACUUGAAUUUUAUUGUUAAUUUUGUUUGCAAACUAUUUGGCAACAAAGCCUUUCAGUUCUAAAGAGUGAAAUAAUAUAAUUGGAAAAUUCCAAACACAUUGGCAACCGUACAUCUGUUGAGCAGUGAGAAUAGAUGGACCACACAUUGAGCUACUGGCCCCUGUUUAAAAGGUCCCAAAAGGCUGCCUGGACUUGGUGGCAUUUUCCACUGUCAUUAAUUGAUGCCAGUUAUAUUUGUGCUGCCGCAACAUUGUGAAAUAUUUGUAGUUCUGAUAAGUUUCAGUUCUACAGAAAAUCUGGAUUCUGUUUGAAGUUUUAAAUCCUAUGCUAGGGUGCUUUGUAUGAACCAUUUCUAUCUACUUCCUUAAACCUAAGCAUGUUACUCAUGAAGCCUGCCAUCAAAGUCUUUGUACUGAAGAGCUUUGUCCAUUAGAUACAAGGUUGAGAAGAUCAACAGACAUUCCACUUUUAACCCACAAUAGCUAUCAGGAAAUACGAAUCUUUAUAACUCUCCCUGCCCUAAACUUUGUUUUGGGUGAAAUUACUGUCUGCACUACCAAGCCACCUUAAGAGAUAAUGGUUAAAGCAAAUAUUCCUGUGAACCCUUGCUCAAUUUGUGUAUGCUGGCAUUGAAUGCUGAAAUUUCAAGCUACUUAAGGUAGCAAAAAACAAAAGAGCAGAACUCAUUGUGUGCCUUGAAUAGGAUAGUAAGCUAAGAAUGAAAGAGUCAAACUCUGUCAUACCCAUAGAUACCUUUGAUUGCUGUCAUUAAACUGGCUGACAGAUAUUCAUGCAACAGCCAAAAAAGUUGGAAUACAUUCCCCAAAGCACUUAGAGCAUAUUUUGUUAAGAAUAUAUUUUUAAAAUCUGUUGUGAUGCAGUUAUGUAAGCACAAAAUUUGUAAAGUCAAAACUUGUAGAAGGAGAAUAAAUUCAGUUCAGAGCUGUAGAGGUAUUUUUCUAUAAAACCCUUCCUAUUGGUGGCUUCACCAACAUAUUUUGGUGAACAUUUUCUCUCAAAGGCACUAGUAUAAAAGCAAUACUGACAUUCCAUAGAUUUUUAAUUGUAACUUUUGUAAAAAAAUUUUUACUCUGAACUCUUUAAAGGAUGCUUUGGAAUUGUAUGCUGUUCAACAGCAAAAAUGUACUCAAUUCUCCAUGACAUAGAACAUAGAACAUUACAGCACAGUACAGGCCCUUCGUCCCUCGAUGUUGUGCCGACAAAUUGACCUAAUGGAAUAGACCAGUGCAGAAGCCCAGUCACAGAUUAGAGUUAUACCUGUGCUGAAGCUCCAUGUGUAAAUAAAUCUUUGACUGGAAAUUCUGGGAAUUAGCCAUCUUUUAUUGGAAAUACUUUUCUAUUGAAGUAACACAUAGUGCACACUACGUCGUUUUCAUGCAGCAUAUUGAUAUUGUGGGAUUCAAAACCAGCCAUUUUCUUUAGCAGGAUCUGCUUAGGAAGGAACAUAGUUUUCACUUUUACUGACUGUACAUUUUCUACCUUGCAUUCAAAGUUUUUUUUCCACUUACUUCUUGAAACUGCUUUCUUAAACUUAAAAUACUUGAGAUCCAACUUUACAUUUAAUAUCAAACUUAUCAACUUGUUCUUCAAUCACAUGAUUUACUUAGUAACCUUUAAAAAGAUUGGUAGAAUUCCUGAGAAUAAGCUUUACCGUUGUUGCUUACCAAUGCAAUUAUUAUGCAAACCCCAUUUUUUUCCAAACAUUGUUGCAAUUCAUCACCAAAUGAGAUGCUUCCUAUUGUCAUUAAAAUGGCACAAAAUUGACAUAUUAAAUAAUGUAUCCAGAAAUCAACAUUAGUGGUUUAAUUAAUGUGCAUUUAUUGUCCACCUAAAUCUCCCUAACAAAAACAAAAUACUGGAAGUACUCCAUAUCUGUGAAGAAAGAAAAUGACAGAACAUUUUCAUUCAAAAACAGCAAAAGGUCAUCAAUCUGAGCAGUUAAACCCAUUUAACCAAAUGCUGUCUGACCUGCUCAAUAUUUCCAGCAUUUUCUUUAUUUAUUGCAGAUUUCCAGCAUACACUGCAUUCAAUAAGUUUCCUGUUAUUGAUUUCAUAAUUUAAUAGUCAAACCCAUUUCUCUGUUUCUAUCACCAGCUAAAUGCAUGAAGUAGAGUGCAGAUUUCCCAAUGAACUGCACAGUGAUGAAAAUGCUAUUUUAAAGAAGGAAUCAGAUAAAAUACUUAAGUAUUAGAUUACUUUUAAGCACUUACCUGAACCACUUUUGGAGAAUGUUUUCUUUUCAGUUAACAUUUGAGUUGUUAAAUCUGUGAAAAUUGAAUCAGUUACACCAUUAAUCUGAAGUAUGUUCUGUUUCUAAUAGCUGUCAUUGCCUCUUGUAUGCUAGCUCAUCCAACUUCAGUGUGAAAUAUUAUACCCUAAGAUUUCCUUCGUUUAUAUUGAUUAGUUUAUGCCGCGCAGCCAGACAAAUUAGAAAGGACUUUGCCCGUAUUCACAAUUGCUACUUUUAAAUUUACCUCAAAGAAAAAUGGAGUUGGGUUGAUUGAGGCAACUACAGAAUAACCAAGUUCCUGCAAUUCUUCUCCUUGUUAUGGAGUGCCAAGGCUUUCAUCAAACAACAAAGAGCUCAGACUGAAAUGAGUAAUCUCCAUCUGGAUUUGAAGUGCUACCCCACCAUUUAUUUGUUUGAUUGGUGAGUUCACUGUCUUCUUGCGCCAUUCUAAUUUAUUCCAUCAUUGCCGUAUUCAGUGAUUUAUUUCUUUGUUGCUCUCUUGCAUAAAACUUUUAAUUAUUAUCUUUACUUAACAAAUCAGAAAAACAAAACACCCAGAACACCUUUUAGUAUUUUUAACAUUUCUAUCAAAAGCUACCUAGCUGUCUUUACACCAAAAAUUGACUUCAGAGAGGAAACUUUUCCUAUGCAUUAACAGCAAGUUAAAUUAUUGACCUUUUGCUAUUUGGGAAUCAGGAAUUGUAGGUUGAUUUGAGGCAAGUGAGCUCACCAUUGCUUCGUCAGUAAAUAAUUUUAUGGCUUUUUGAGGUAGCUAGCAAUGACCUAAAUUAUCUAAGCAUUAAUUUGUUUCACUCUACAGACUUUAUUUGCAGGACAUACUUAUCUUCUUCCAUUUCCUACAGUUCUCAAACCCUUAAAUUUCUUCUCUUUGCAUGAAGUAUUAAUAAAACUCUUUAUCAAUACAAUUCAGCCAACUGAGUAAUUCAUCACAAAUAGCCUAUUUUGUUACAUUUGUAUUACAGAUACAAUUUCCCUAUACCUUUCCUUAUAUGUGAAUGCAUAACGAAAGGAUUUCAGAUUACUGUCAGUGACUGUUUUGAUAAAAAUGAAUAGAAAUAACAGAUAUGAGAGAAAUACAAUAUGCAAAAUGUUUCCAAAACCAAAAAUGCUGGAAUACAUAGGAAGCCAUUCAACAUCCGAGAGAGGAAAUCUUUCUGUCCCUCAGAAAUCCCUCAUUUUGGCAUCUUGUACAUCUGCCCUCUGCAGCCUACCUGGCACCAAACACCCUCAUUCUAUCACAGCUUUGUCCACUUCCUUCCAAGGCCACCUCUAUCAUUAUGUUGAGUCACAAGUUGCUUAGUUAUCUGUAUUCCACCCAUUAGCAUUGAGUGUUCUUUCACCAACUCUACCAUGUUCCCAAAUUAUGUGCAUUCUUAACCCACAUGUGUCUGUGCCCAUACCUUUGGUGAUCUUUGCAAACUGUCCAAGCAAUGUUUUUGUUUAUGUGGAAUGUUAUAAUGGCGCUAUAUGUAAGUCAUCAUUUUAUUGUUGUAUGUAACUUUAGAAAGGAUUGGUUUCUGAUGUUUUAUUGAAGUAUUUAUUGUGUUCAUUAAAAGCUGAGCUAUGGCCGUGAUUUGCUGGAUACUGAGAACUGGCAUCAAAUGCAUAGCUAGAUCACAAACUUCAAAUGUAGCUUAUUUUCAAAUCAGUAUAGGGAUCACUGGCAAGGUUGCCAUUUACUAUCAAAUUUUUAGUCACGCUAAGAAGGUGAAAGUGCGCCUUGUUGAACUUCAUUUUACUAAAGCAGUUUGAUAUAAUUGAGCAGCUUGUUUUGGGAGUGAAAUCAUGUUCGUUGGAAACCGGAGCCACAAAAAGGUCACCUGGGGUAAAGGCAAGCAGGUCUCAAAUGAACCAGUUAAGUUUUACUACAGCCUGGCAGCUUCAUAAGCACUGAUGGCAGAUCUUUCUUACUUCUAGCUAUUGUUAAACUCAAUGUGAGUUUUUCAGUAGCCGUGGUGUGAACUUGUGACAUCUGGAUUAUAAUGUCCAAGUGUCAGGAUUAUUUGUUCAAUAAUAAUUACCACACUAUUGUACCCAGCAUAUCCAGAAAUUUAUAAUUCACUUUCAGUUCUUACAUCUGGAUAUAUCAGAUUUUUAUAACCCACUUCCUCUGGCACUCAUGAUAGAUUCCCCUAAGGCUUCGUUGUAGUUUAAAAUGUUACAAGAAGGACUGUAAUUUAUUGAAAAGUUACUGGCUGCUAAUAGAGUUAAAAUCUGGCCUUUUAAUUGUUUGAUCAUGAUGAAAACCAGCUAAAACAGCUAGUAGCAAUGCAAUUGCUUUAAAGAUAUUGAUCAAUAAUGGUGAUAUCAGUAAUUCCUAAUAUCCCUACUUGUCAAGAACUCCAGCGUCAAUGCUUUCUCAAUUUCAAUGUAUUCAUAUUUAUUCUUAUGACAGAUUCCUUAAAAGCUCUAUUGCAGUUUAAACUGUUACAAGAAGGACUGUUCUCUAUUGUGUGUUUAGCGAGAUUCAUAACCAGCAUAUAAUGUCAGGAGCAAAUGGGUUACAGUCCAUGGAAGAUCACCAAAAUAGCCUCACUAGGCAAUUUGUAGUGUUUGUGGUUUUAACAAACUGUCACCCCAUUCCUUGUAUAAAAAAAGAGUCAUUUUAUGGUCAGAAAAUUUGUUUUGAUACAGUGCUUCCACAGGAGACAGUUGAACUGAAUUUGCAAUUGUCAGAGUGUAUUGAUAAUGAUGGCUAGGAUAUGCUGUGUGUUUUUGUGGGGUCUCUUUUCCCAUGCUUUGUAGAUGAGUUUACUUGCUCACGUAGCCUCAAAUUUUCAUUUUUGAAUUAUUUUGGCACCUGCAUGAUCAAGAUUCACCUAAGGUUUACUGAGUUGUUUAAUAGCUAUAGAGUGUUGCAAAGUUACAAAAGUGAAAGAAAAUGAUGUAGUUACACAUGGCUAGCUACCGUAGCCAACAAUGAGUUGGUCACCAUAUGGUUUUACACCACUUUGCACUGAUUGAUGUGAACGUUUGAACCUACUUUUGUCAGAAACCCUAAAUAUGUAAGAAUCUGAUUUAUUUUUACAGAAUUUUUUUCCUCAUCCAUUUUCUAGUUUCCUGCAUUGAGGCACAUCACUUUUCAGCUGAGGAAGAGAGGACAGACCAUAAGUUUGAUGAGUAAUGUACAAUAUUCACGUAAAAAUGGAUAAUAUCAUAUUGACCCCUAAAACACCAGAAAAUGCACAAAUUCUUUGUGAUAAUGACAGUAUUUGAUUUAUUUAGUCAAUAAGCAUUCAAGCUGACUGUGAAUGUCUCCACAUUGACCAUCUUGAGGCAGCUGUACUUCCUAUGGAGUAGAAUUAAUAAAGUCAAGAUGGACUGUUUUUUCCAAGUUAGGUGACAUUAGCUCAGAGAUAUCUAGCUGAGAACAGGAAAGAUUUAACAAACUGAAUCAUUUAUUUAAUGGACACCUUUUCUUUAGUGGAAAUGUCAGUACUGAAUUAUAGGCUGUGAGCAGGACUGUUGAGGUACUGACCAAAUAUUGACUAGUGAGCUAUGCUUGUAUCAUCGAAGUUGUGAGAAACAUGAUGUAGCACUAGGACUUGGGGAAGAAGUGAAUUUAAUGAGUUGUAUGAGGGCAUGGUCCCCCAGGUUUAGAAGUGUUGGUAUAGCUGGUGCUUACUUACUGGUUUUAGCAUGUACUUGCUCCUACUUCUUCACUCCAAACAUUACUUCAGUCACCUGAAUCCUACACUCAGAUAUCCUAUUUUCAGAUACAGCAAGGUACAAGUAUUGUGGGAUCUCCUUUAGAUAGAUCUGGGACCAAAUUCGUUGUCCUUAUAACAAGCGGAAUUCACUGUGAAAACAGAUAUCGCUAGAAUGUUUAAAUAUAUUUCAGAGCAAAGGCUGUUAGGGAAUUCUGUAUGUUAAUUUAUAUAGGAUGAUGAAAGAUUGUACCACUCUUUCAGGGCCCACUUUGCCCAUUCUUGCCCCCUGUUCAGGGGCGGCAGUCCAAGUGUGAAUAAAGUGACACUCUUGAUCCUACUUUAUUCUCAUUUGUUAAGCACCUCAUUCUGUUUGAAGGCUGCUGUCCUCAAACGUUUUUAACAAGUGAACUGCAGUGCUCACUACCAACAAAUGAGUUUAUUUUGGUUGGUUGCAACAGAAUAGCAUCUAUUGCUGUCCUAUCAGGCCUAAAUUGUUCAUGUUGUUUUGGAGAGGAUGAGUAAGUCAACAUGUCAGCUGUGUCAUUCAGUCAGCUAUGAUCAGUUAUAUCCGAAGGGUUUUUGUGAUGCAUUGACGGUGAGUGUCCCUACCUCUGGGUCAUGAGGCCCAGGCUCAAGUUGCUCACGCUCCAGAGGUGUGUAAUAACAUCCCUGAUCAGGUUGAUUAGAAAAUAUCUUGGGUAAGCUUGAAAUUUUAACUUAACACCUCUAUCCUCAGAAGCUGACUGAUCUGCUGAGUAUUUUUAGCAUUUUGCUUUGGUUUUAUCUUUUGAAUUGUACACAGUUAAGGUUGUAGAGUGUUUAAUAGCAGAUGAAUUUAAUUUAUUUCUGCUGAGUUUGGCCAGUUGAUAAUAUCUGUUACUUCGCAUGGUCAUAAUUUUUAGUACGUACAUCUGAUUAUGGUUCAUAAGUUUAAGUGAGACAGUGGUUGUAACUUUUGUUUCAGCCUCCUAGAGCCUCCUGCGUGUCAAGUAUUUGAAUACGGAAUAGAAAGAAAAGAAGGUUUUAUUUACAAAGCUUUUUUUUAUAUGGGGGAGGUGGUGGGAAUUUUUGGAACUACACAUGAAGCAUUUGUGCAAUAAUGACUCGCCACUGAUAGACAGUGUCUGAAUUGCUCCAUGUUGUACUGCAGCACGUGUGUAAAACACUGACCUGGACUACUUUAAUAAGCUUAUUGUCUUUACCCCCUCUGCUCUUCCACCCCACCCCAAGUGUGCUGUGGUGUCUUACAGUUUAUAGCAGUAUUUCAUUUUUUUUGCUAUCAUGCACUAAAUGUCUUAGACUUUUUCUAGAAUUUGCUAUUCACAGGUAGUCACAAAGAAAUUUCACAAAUAAUAAACCCAGUUGACCAAAAAAAGUUGUAAUUUUUGUACACACAGCUUUACACCACCCAUUUUCUUCACUGUGAUCCACAUUUCGUAACUUUUUUCUCGGUAUUUGUUACAACUGGUUGAAACUUUUCUGUAUGGCAGGCAGUAGUGGAAUCUACUCCCUCCAUUGGCAGAUCUAGCUUUUCUUUUCUGUCUCUGGUGAUUAGCCAUAUAGCAUACUCUGUUCUCAGCACUGUAAACAGUCCCUAUAUGAUAUGGAGAAGCAAUAUCACUGUAUGAAACUCACAUGAUGUAUUAUUCACUAGCACCCUAGGUGUGAUAAUUGAAGUAAAUAUCUUUUAUACAAACACA